AGAGAGCCGUCUUUGACGUUUCUCAACCCCAAGGAAGUCCAAGGGCGGAAGUUACAUCAAAUGUUGACAUGGAGUUUCACAUGUAAACCAGCGAGAUCCAAAUUUCUAAUCUACCGUUUUGGGAUUUUGAAGGGUGAAGUACUUUCCAGGACCAAAAGCAAUGAGUACACAGUACAGCAUCCUGUUCAAGCAGGAACAUGCUCAUGAUGAUGCCAUCUGGACAGCAGCCUGGGGCAAAAGUGAAGCGGAUGGCUCAGAAACCAUCAUCACCGGUUCUCUAGACGACAUGGUCAAAGUCUGGAAAUGGUCCGAUGAGAAGCUGGAGCUGCAGUGGACUCUGGAGGGCCACCAGCUGGGCGUGGUCUCUGUAGACAUCAGUCACAACGGCGCCAUCGCGGCCUCCAGCUCCCUCGACGCACACAUCCGUCUGUGGGACCUGGAAACAGGCAAACAGAUCAAGUCCAUGGACGCCGGACCUGUUGACGCGUGGACGGUUGCCUUCUCUCCAGACUCCAAGUACAUCGCCACAGGAAGCCAUCUUGGCAAAGUGAACAUCUUCGGUGUGGAAAGUGGCAAGAAGGAAUAUUCCCUGGACACUCGAGGAAAAUUCAUCCUGAGUAUAGCUUAUAGCCCUGACGGAAAGUAUUUAGCCAGCGGAGCCAUCGAUGGGAUCAUCAACAUCUUCGACAUCGCCACUGGGAAGCUCCUCCACACGCUUGAAGGUCACGCCAUGCCCAUCCGCUCCCUCACCUUCUCCCCGGACUCCCAGCUGCUGGUCACGGCCUCCGACGACGGGUACAUCAAAAUAUACGACGUACAACACGCCAACCUUGCCGGCACGCUGAGCGGUCACGCAUCCUGGGUCCUCAACGUGGCCUUCUCCCCGGAUCACACCCACUUCGUCUCCAGCUCGUCUGACAAGAGCGUGAAAGUCUGGGACGCCAGCUCCAGGGCUUGCAUCAACACUUUCUUCGACCAUCAAGACCAGGUGUGGUGCGUGAAAUACAACAGCAACGGCUCAAAGAUCGUGUCGGCCGGCGACGACCGCGCCAUCCACAUCUACGACUGCCCGUUGUAGCGGAGAGCAGUCAGCUGCGUGGGGGGAGGGGUAUUAAACGUCUUAGAUUGUGUCAAAUAAAAGAUUUUUUUUGGUA